AUGAGAGUCGAGAACCAAGCUUUGCUUCGGGUUUCAAUUGAGAUACACUACAACCGAGUAGUUCCUUGGGAGUGGGAAAGAUUAAGGCAAAAGGAAGCCCAUAAAAAACCUAUAACAACAUUUAAUGAGGUGGUAACAACGCCAGUGCAAUCGGGUUUAAACGAUAAACCGAGACCACAUGCAGUUCCAUUAAUUUACAGAAACCUCGAUCGGUUUAAAUGGCAACAGACUCUAGUAAUUGCUCCGCCAACUGGCUCUGUAUCUGAUAGAAGAAACGAAAGUUAUGGGGUUGGGCCCAUUUCUGGCAAUGGGCGUUGA